GUGAAACACAUUUCGGGUAAGUUGUUUGGUCUUGUGUUUGCUGCAAGCAAACUUCAUCCACAUAAACAAGGUUUGCGCACGUAAGCAUGUUACCGCAGCAGUGUUGUGCUGCACGUUGGUAAAGAUCAAGUGAUUUAUCAUAUAGCAACACUUUUAAUUUGUGGAAAACGUAAAUGGAAAGUAUUGAAUUUGAAAACAACUAUAAAAUUCCCUAGGAAAAUGUGAAAAAAUGGAAAGACAAUAUUAUUGAAAGCUGGCAUAGUGAAACAUAAUCUGAAAUGAAACAACUUGUUCAGUUAAUGAUGUGCACAACUCAAUUCUGUUUCUGUCAUGACUCUCUUCUGGUGAGAUCACUUUACCAAAAACUCUAUCAAAUUAAUUCUUGAAGGACUCCUUGGAUGGGAGUUGUUACAGCUACUUCCUAAGUACAGUUUUCACUGUUGUCUUUCUUUUUCUUUUAAUAGUGCCAACCUGUUAUAAAUGAAUGUCAUUUUCUAGGGAAUUUUUCCAUUUUUUCACUCAUCCUAAAGCUGCACUGAAGGAUUCUUCUGUUGCAGCCAAUAGUUAUGUGUGUGUGGUGCAUACAGACCAAACCCGUCGGUGUCCAGAGGCAUCAGCUGAAGAGCUCUAGGUUGAUGUCCAAGACUCUUAAGUUUAUACAUUUUGUUGGCACAGCUUGCAUGUUCUGCAAAUGCCUGGGUGUCAUUAAGUACUCUGCUGCAUCAUUGAUCAGUGGUAAAUAUAAGCCAGUUUGUUUUCCAAAUGGUAAUUGAUUUGUAUAAUUUGUGUAUGCUUGUAGCAAUACUGCCAAAUUCACAGUUCUAUAACUAAAACUAGCUUAUUCUAAUAAUACUGAGAUGUAGACCAUUUUUAAUGUGCUUGCCAGCGGGUGACAGGAGCUUGGCAGAGAAGCCUGAUGCCUUUGGAUGCCUGAGGGAAAACUAAGGUAAUCACAGAGUACUGCUUUUCUCCCUGAUGGAAGGGGCUCGUGCUGCCUGCACUGCACUCUCCUACCCACACAGGUGUGGCUGCUGCGAACUCAUACCUGCCUCUGCAGGUGUCCUGAGAGCUGUGUGGUGCUGAACCCAGCCUGCAGCUGCUUCUUUGGUAACCACGAAAUGGAAAUACUGCAGACUUAGUCAGCCUCGUUUGUUUGCUGUUCUUUUCCCAUAGGCCUGCUUAUGAAUACAGUGAGGUUGUAUGGUAUACAAUACUAUAUUAAGAAAAUACCCUUUCUUAACUGUUUUUGUUCAUCACACAAUUAUUUUUUUUUUGCUUGCACAGGUCAGUCAUUCAGAUGGAAAUAUUUUACUUGCUACAAAAUUAUAACAUCAACAUUAUUGCAGGAUAAAAUUUCUGCAACCUUGGGUGUGAUUGAUCUAAUCAUUGAACUACUUGUUUAUGAACAUACUCCUUAAGAAAUCUUGGUCAUAAGGAUAGAGGAUUUCUUUAUGCUGUACAAAUUUAUUAAUAGGAAUAAUAGAAUUUCAAUAACUGGGAACAAAGUUACAGAAAUAUUUUCACUGACAUGUUCUAUCUAGAAAUAUACAGUGUUCAACAGUCUAAUUCAUUGCACUGGAGAUUGUUUCUUUUCUCUCCUUUCUUUUUCCCCAAGUAAAUGAUUGAGAUGUUAUUGGGGAGCCUUCUAUACUGAUGAAGAAAGAAUAGUGCUGUGGUGUAUGAUGUGUAAAGUGUUGUUUAUCAGGCAACAUAAAAAAUUAUAAACCUGAGCAUGAUCUGAUGUGUCCUAUUUUAUUUCAGUUUGUGUUUCAAUAUAUACCUCUUUUUACAGUCUUAAUCACAAGAGCUUUGUGGAAAAAAAUGAAUGUGCAAUUCUGAAAUUUCACUGGGGACUGUUUCUGUGUUUUGUAUUCUGGUUGCCUGUUCAGAAUAAUCCACAUUUAAAUAAUUCCAGAAGGAACUGUCUGAGCGGAACAAAGACUAAAUAGAGGUAAUACUACAUGAGAGAAAUACUCUGAUAUUCAUUAAUUUAUACCCAGGUUUAAGCUGUAACCCACUGAGCAGAAACGUGUGACUGUCAGGGCCUGUUACCCUUGUCUCAGACUUUUCAUUCCUAACCAGGCUACAGUCUCUGGUGAGAGGAGGUACCAGGUACCAAGGAUCAGAAUCUUUAGAACCAAGGGGAAAACUGUUAACUCUUAGCUACAAGCCCUGGGUACAUUUCAUGUUAUGGCCAAUACAGUAAUUUUACAUGCUAUUGUCAGUUUGCUGCUCUAAUUUGUUCUUUUGCUUUUUAUAUUUAUCAUUCACUGUCUUCUCAGUGUAAGUGACCACAGACCUAAGAAGAGUUUGGAAGAAAAACAAAAGCCUAGAGUGAUUUUAUAAGAAGUUGAUCUUAGAGGAAUUUGAUCUCAGUUUAGGAGGUGUGAGGGAAAAGUCAAUUCAUCUUCAGCUGAAAUUUUAGGCAGGAUAGAAAAGAAUGUAGAUGUACAAAGGUGAGCCUCCUUUACAAAUACCUAAUUCUAUAGUCAUGACUAGGUUAAAAUUCCUGUCCUGUGAUGGAAGCCUUCAGCAUCAUUCUUUAUAUCAAAGUUAAAAUCAGUAUGUUGAAGUAAGGUCUGGAAAAACAAACUAAGUUUGACAAUUUUACAGUAUUUUCUCUGAUAUAUUUCUGAGCUAUUUGCUUUUUUGGCUAUAUAUUUUUUUACGAUGGUUGGUUGAUUACUUUUUAAAGAGAGAAGUAAUCUAUAAUUCAAAGAUGGGCAGGUAACUGAUGCAUUUCUGCAGCUUAGUAUAAGUGUAAAUAUUAAAGUACUAAAGAAAUUCCCAUCUCCCAGACUAACUUAUUGCUAAAAGUUAGAAUAAUUCAUGCUUAAAUUUCUCAUAAACUUUAAAAAAAUGUCCUUGGACUGUUUUCAAAGAACAUCUGAAAAUAAUUUAGACAUAUUUUCAAUAUGUUUAAAAGUAUUUUAGGUGAUUAUUUUCUGAAUGUAAUAUAAGAACAGUUAGAAACUGACUGAUAGAAAUAGUUAAAACCAAAAAUAGCUUCCCAAAUCUACUUCAGAGUUCUGAACAUAAAAUGAGCUGUUCUUCUUAAACAGUAUCCCCAAAUGAUAUCCUUUUGUAUUCACUUCCUCCAGCAUUCCUGUUUUUCUUCUAAUUGAUGUGUGAUUGUUUUUUUUUUCUUCUGUGGUGUAUGGCUUUUUUUCUUUUGGUUAGUACUUUGGAUUGGCAGUUUUGAUACUGCUGUAGUCAGAUUUGAACUGGCCAGUUUUCCUGGGUGGAUUAUAAGAGAAAUUAUUUCUGUGCUAUGCCAUUGCCUUUGGUGCAGUUCCAUAAUUUAUGGAAAUGAGAAAAUCUCAACUGCAUUGCACUUCGUGCAUGUCAGCCAGAAGAGGGAGCCAGUAUAAACCCAAUGGCAGUCAAUGAACAGAUUUCAGUUGAUAACAACAAAUGUUUACACAUUUGAAGGAGACUUCAUACGGUGUUUUAUAGUCUAUACUGAAUAAUACAUAAAUUUUAAGGGGAACAGAUGCUAAAACAUAGGAAUUGCUCCUGUAAUUUAGUAACCUUGUUCCAGUGGAGGCCAAUACAAGGUUGUUUCGAUGAAAAAAUGAUGCUCUCAUCAGGCUUGUUUGUGGUAGAAGUAGUAGGGAUACAUCUUUAUUCGCUAUUGAAAUGCUUAUGGUAGAAAUGAAAUUUUUUUUGGUUAGGAUGCAAUGGAAAAAGGGUAAAUAUUCUUGUUACAAACAAAGGAUUGCUCCUCCAAAGCACUAUAUAUAAUUUUUUAAAAAAGUCAGUAUUGUAGCUUCUAGUGUUUAUAUCCUGAAAUGUAAAGACUCUUGUUCUAGGUAAUAGGAGAUUAGUAGAUUAUUCUUUUUCAUCUAAAUAUGUACUCCUUUCCUCAUCUUCCCAUACUUCAGUACCUUGGCAAUAUUCCUGGUGUAUUGUUAAAAAGAAAAAGAUGUUGCUUUUAUACUUUUCCUUGUGGUAUGGGAUGAUGUGAACUCCUGAUUGACCUCUCAUCUGCAGUUUUGGGGGUUUUUUUAAUCAAGUGCCAUGCUGGGUAUUCCCCUUGGAAAACUCAUGUCUUUCUGUUGGAUUUCUCCAAAAUCCUUUAGGUUGCUGCAGCUUUGGACACUGUGCUUUUUCUCUGACAUUGAAUCAAAGAAGAGCUUCUUCCUGUCUUCAGUCCCCUUUUUUUAAUCCUCAUAUGUAAAGAAAUUUAAAUCAAUUUAUAGUGUUCUAGGGAUCAACCUAUUUCAUGGAGUUAUUUGGAGCUUAUACAGCAUGUCUGAGAGUGCUUGUGAGUGGGAGUCAUAAUAGCAGUGUUAAAAGGCUUAAAUGACCAAGAAAAGCGCCCUUCAUAGCCUUCUGCAGCUGAUGGAUAGGGUUGUGAGCAAAGCAUGGGUCCCAAGGAGCCUGAGAGCUGCCCCUCCUUCUCACAGGAAGCAGUGAGGCUGGUACAGGAACAGAGAUGCUUGAACUAGAUCCACCUUGGUUAAAAAAAGGGAGCAGCAGCAUUAAUUUGCUAGAAUAUUCUGAGGUGAAUUUAUUCCUGAAGCUGCAGUUGAACUGAGUCGUCACAAUGAAGAGCCUGGCUAGUUUAGGUGGAACUGAUUUCACUUUCUCCAGUAUUAAUCCAAGUUGUGAACAUUGUCUUAUUCAGUAUUUUCCAAGCUGUGUUGUAUAAAUCAUGCCAUAAUAAAUAGAUCUUCACUGAUGCAAGGAUUCAGAUUGUAUUCUUUGUUAUUUUUACUCAAAAAUUUGAAAGUGAUGGGCAUCAGAAGGUCUGUUAGAUUUUCAUAGUGAUCCAUGGUCUGUGAAGUUUGAAAACUGAUGGUGCAUCUUUUACUGCAAAGACUUCAUAUUUUUUUCAGACUUUGUCUUACUUUUUGUGUUCCAGCUAAAAAACCCAAACAAACCAACAAAUCUGUUCAGAAUAAAGCCAUUAAAUCUAUUCAAUGCAAUAUUUAAAUUGUGCAGGAGAAAAAAAAAGAAAAAGAAAGUGUCCACAAGUGUAUUUGGGAAGUCUAAGGUACUUAAAAGUCAAGGAAUUUCUACUGCUACAGAAACAGAAGUUUAUGAUAAGUGUCUCAUUAUUCAGGUAUCUGUGUAGCAGUGUUACUUUUUCUUUCUGGUUUGAAAGCAUCUUUAUUGUUUUCCCUUUUCUUACAGAAACACUUUGAUUAGGUUAAAAAAAAACAACCCAAAAGCCAGCCCUCCACCCCUGAAAAACAACAGAGGUUACUUUUCUUUGCUGUAAUUGGAGAACUAGAAUGGAAGGAUGUAGAAAUUAGGGAGACCACCUUAAUUACCUUCAGGCUUGUGGGUUGAAGUAAGUUUUUUGCCGUUUUCUGCCCCCAAAAAUCCUAAUUGAUAUGCAGUGAAAAGCCUUCUGUCAUGUGGCUGUGUAUCUCUUUGGUAUGUGAAGCUGGCUGCAUCGGGGUGUAUAGUUACACCUUGGAGGCUGACUGGGACUGAAAUUAGGUUUUCUCUUUGAGCCAUCUAUUGGUGGCAUCAUCUUCAUUCCUGAUCCAUUCAUUGAGUCCUGAGUUCCACAGCCCAUUUAAAAUGUUGUGGGAAGGAUUUGCUAUUUGUAAGUGGAUUCAGAGUGCAGCUGUUGGUUCAUUUUUAGAGAUAUUUAUUCGGGCCAGUGAGACAAAAUGUAUUUGGUGUGGCAAGGUUGUGUGUAGUCACGUGCAGAUCCUCAUAUAGAGAUAAUUUUAAAUGCUGGUUUGCCUGAGAGUAUAAGUACAUGAGUAUGAUUUAUUCAUUAUCUUAAUCACUGGUGUAUGCAUGAGUGGCAGGAGGAAUACACAACUGCAUUGUGGAAAGACAGGAUAUAGUUACAGAUCUCUCUGAUCUGAAACCUACUAUGAAUGCCAUCCUGCAAAGAAGCACUUCAUUUUGAAUAUGAAGUAUAUGGAUAAUGAAGGGAUGUGAGACUAAAAAGUCUGUCAAAUGAUUGAGGAAAUGUUGAGGUCUUUGUUUAAGUCACAAAUGUGACUUCUGUCCUUCAUGCCAGGCUGAGAAAUGCUGGAAAGUGCUUUUGAAGGACCAUAGCUCUAUUUGUACUUGUCCAGUUAAAACUCUGUGUCUUCUUGUCAUUACAUGUUAUCAAAUUUUAAUUUAUUUUUAAUUUUAUUUUUAUUAUGAGCUAAACUGUGAGUAAACUUCAUGCCGCGUGGUUAGGUCACUUCAGUUCCUUUCUGCCUUCUCCUUUGUAAUGCAGUAUCGGUCAGAUAUGCUGAUAAAUCCUGGGAAGUGUUAAUUUUUUCAACUUUUUCAUGGUAAUCCAAUAUUCAAUGUUUUGCGUACCUUCCCUCAAAGAAAAAUCUUCUUGUCCUUACACUCAACAGACACGUAGGUACUCAAUUUAUGACUACAGGAAAUUUCUUUCCUGCUUGUAGUACUGACUGAUCGUAUUCAAUACAAUAAGAUAGUGCAUGCUGGUUUAGUCUGCACUGAAGGAAUGAAUGUACAUGAAAAUGUCGUCUUGGAUAUGUCAGUGUUUUAUGCAAGAUGUUAGGUAUUUUUUUUCUCCAUUUGCUCAGAUAUGUGCUUGAGAAAAAUGACAUCAAAAAGGAGUGACUGUAGGUGAUUCUUCAUUUUAUUCAAGCUUUGACUUUCCUGGCUUUAUGUAUACAGAAAUGUUGAAAUGUUUCUAAUCCAAGACAUGUACUUAGCACAGUUCAAUUGUUGUAGUAGUGAAAUUGGCGUAUCGGUUUAAAGCUGCUCGUAUUGACAUAGCAAUGUCAGUGAAUGGAAAGUCAGGAAUAAAUAUUAAUACAACUGUAAGGUUGUUUUUUUUUUCUUUAUAUAAUCCCAUCUGCAGCUGAUGGAGCCUCUAUGGAGAAUACCAAAGCCUCCUGAUGCCUGACUGUGAGGGGGAGCUGUUGUCUUGCCUGUUUCAGGGGCUUCCCUAUGGCUGUGCUUUCAGAGCCUGUCUGAACUGGACUAGAGUCACAUCUGUCCCCAAAGUGACCCAGCCCUGUUCCAUGUGCCAGCUCAUCUCUUGGAGCUGCUAGUAUGCUGAUAUUUGAUUGCUAAGCUGAGCUUCACCAUUUUCACAUCACUCAGUUUCUUCCCUUCUCCUGAGUUACUGCCCAUGUGGAUCCAUCUCCCAGCCUGGCUCAGUACACUGCUGCAUGGACCCUUGUCCUGGCUUGGAGAAGGAGCCUGUGACUUGGAGGCACUUGGAGAUGGUGGCCAUGGCUGGUUUGGCAGGAUUAGGGCUUAGGCAGGUGACAGGGCUGCAUUAUGACUCAAUGUAUUUAAUGGUUCUUGCAUAUAUUUUGUUUCCAUAUCCGAUAGAAACCACUGAAAUAGAAUUUUGCUUUAGACUGUAAUUGUGAUAGCAACAUUUCAGAAAUAGUAAAACAGUAAGGCAAAGUAUUUCUAUGUACUUGUUGAUACAAGUAUGCUGUGUUUUGAAGGCUAGAAUCCCGACUGUCUGUUCUUUGCAGUGGUCUGAGGAGCCAGUCUUAAGCUGAAGGGAGGAGUGAAGGGGAAAAGGUGGAAGAGAGUUUCAUGUCCUAAAAUACUGCUGAUAGGUAAAAUAACAAAUGUAUACCUUCUAAUGUGUAAGUACAGUGUACUCUGGUCCAAAGAGGGAACCCUUCUGUUGCCUAAAGGGUGUUUCUGGCUUAGUGAGUAAGUGAGUCAGUCAGUAGAAAAAAUAGCUACCUGUGUAGGGUUGUUCAGAGCAAGAACCUAAUUUAGCCAUGCUGUGUUCCUCUGUGAGGGAGCCUGUGUCUCUCCACUGGCCUCCCGGUGAGCCUAAGACAAUUAUCCUCCCUAGGCUAAUGCUGGCCUCUCUGAAUUCCCCUGGCUUUCAAAACCACAUGCUGGGUGACCAAUCUGCCUUGCUGACAGCAAAUUAGUUGUAGGGUGGGUAUUAUCUUCUUCUAGUCAAGGUAGGAUUAAUGUCAGUAAGAAGAAGGGGGUUUAAUCUUUCAGAUGAGCACUUGAAUAAAGAAUCUGGUAUUUAAAAGUGUGAUACUUUGUUUGUCAAGCUGCUGCCUUUUGGUUAGUAAAGGCAUUUUUGUUAGACUGGUGGAGAAUUGUUUUAUUUGGUAUUUAUACAUUCCCUUUUUAAUUUAGUAUUUUCUGCAGCACACUAAGAAGAUUAAGAGAAGAAAUGUUUUCUAAAUCUGCCAGCAAUCUCCUUGUGGCUAGCAAGACAAACUUGAAUGCUACUGGAUUUAUUUUUUUUUAUAUCUUCAAUCCACUGUGGUGCUAGUUUGCCUGCUGUCUAAACUCAGACUCUUCAUUCAUUGUGUCUGUAGGAAAUGUGUUAGAAACUAGUCCUAAUUAAUUGCAUCUAGCAUUUGUGGAAUACCAGAGAUUCACUUGAACUUUUUGUUUAGAGCAUUUAGUGCUCUGAAGGCAUCAAACUGCAGUUAAAACAACUUCUGUGGGCAUCCAUGAGUUGUUAAGGUUACACACUAUUCGUGGCAUCUCCUGAGUAAGAGCUAUUUAUGUUGAGAGGCUUAAUGGAAAGAAAAUCUCAGUGCAUAUUUUUUUCCCUCUGUGUGUGCUUGAUUGACUAGGGAAAGGUAGAAGAGGAGGGAUAGGAAAGAGCACUAGAAACACUCUUCACAGCUGGCUCUCCCUACGCUCAAGACUUCACCCCGGAUAUGGGGGUUUUGUACAGCUGUAAGGAUUCCCAACAAAAAUACUCUUUAGAUUGUAAAAUCGUCUGCUUGUCUCCCCAAGACUCAGAGCCUCCAACAAUGUUCUUUAAUGAAUGUGUUUUAUUGGCCUCUCUGAAAGGAUAUAGAUUUGCUAGUAUGUAUCUGGCCAGGAUCACCUGGCCAGAAACAUAUGGAGAUUUGCAGAAAACAGGAAUCUUCAACUUGCAGCAGAUGUGGUGGGGAACAGUGUCUGAAUGAAGAGCAAGUCUGCCACAUCCCAAAACAGCUGUCCCUGUGUUUCAUAACUUAUCUGGAAACCCCCUCCUGAGAUAAUGAAUCCUUACAUGCCCCAUAGACAAACUUGUUCACAAAAAGGAUGCUGUGUGUAGGAACAUACAGGAAAAUGGUAGUCCUUAAAUGAAUAUGAACUUGUACCCAUGAUGAAUUGUACCCAUGGGUACAAUAUGAACUUGUACCCAUGUAAACAGCUUAAACGGCCAGGGUUUGUUUUACGAUUUUUUUUUCUUUGUUUGUUGGUUUGGUUUGUGGGGUUUUUUUUUGUUUGGGGUUGGUUGGUUGGUGUUUGUUUUGGUUUUUCUGUUUCUGUUUUUUGUUUUUGUUUCUUUUUUGUUGUUUUGGUAUUUCUUUUACACCAUCCAAAUACUAAAACGUUGAAGUUCUGAUCAAUGCCAUUGAGUUCAUUGUGUUUUGUAGUUUUUGGGGUGUAAUUUACAUACACUGUACAGAGUACUUUGUUCUGCACGAUUACUUUCAAAGUAACUGAAUCAGAAAAGGAAACAUGCUUAUUUUGUAAAGUAUUAUUUUCCUAUAGCUAAUCAUAGUAUUUGAUGAUGGAAAUAAACCAGAUUUAAUUAUUUGAGCAUUUUUAUUUUUACAGAGAUUCAUCUCUGCAUUUAGUGAGCAGAAUUUGUAUAAAGUCACAGUCUUUAUGUUUGUUUUUCACAGUGCAGACUUAGCAGUUGUUCUCCAGCAUUAAAGAUGGUGAAGGUUUACAGCUGUUUGAGCGAGGCCAUCGCACUGCACACAAACAGGAGUGUCACACCAUGGAGGCAGUGAGGCUCGUGGAGUUCAACCUGAAGCAAGUGCUCACGAAGCUCAUGACUCACAUCUUUGGUGAUGGACUGCAAGUCAGAUGGGUAGAUUGCUACUUCCCAUUUACUCACCCUUCCUUUGAGAUGGAGAUCAACUUCCAAGGAGAAUGGAUGGAGGUCCUGGGCUGUGGGGUCAUGGAGCAGCAGCUUGUUAACUCAGCUGGUGCUCAUGAUAAAAUUGGCUGGGCAUUUGGCUUGGGUUUGGAGAGGCUGGCCAUGAUCCUGUACGAUAUCCCUGACAUCCGACUGUUCUGGAGUGAAGAUGAACGCUUCUUGAAACAAUUUAUUGGGCCUCACAUUUGGCACAAAGUAAAGUUCCAGCCACUCAGCCGAUAUCCGCCUUUGAUCAAUGACAUCUCCUUCUGGCUGCCUUCUGAGACAUACUCUCAGAACGAUUUCUAUGAUUUGGUUCGAACCAUUGGUGGAGACUUGAUAGAAAAGGUUGUCCUACUGGAUGAAUUUGCCCAUCCAAAGACGAAGAAGGUCAGCCACUGCUACCGUAUCAUUUACCGGCACCCGGAGAGGACGCUAACGCAGGACGAGGUGCAUCGCAUCCAUCAGGCUAUUGAGGAGUCAGCAGUUCGGGAGCUUGGGGUGGAGGGCAGGUUCUAGCAGUGCUGCUCUGGAGCCCUGAGGACAGUCGCUUUUUUCUUUCUUUUUUUUUUUCCUUUUCUUUUCUUUCUUUUUUUUUUUCUUUCCUUUUUUUUUUUUUUUUGGGGGGGGUGGUUUUAGGUCACAAGUAGAGAGAUGGGGUUUGUGACUGAACACAGAAAGCGAUUGAUGAAUGGGCAAUGGUAAAACUGGCAGGUAAUAAACAUUACUACUGAGAAAUCAUUGAUGAAACGCUGGUGCUUUAUUUUAAGAAAUGGGGGAACAGCAGUAAUGUAAGAUUUCCCUCCUGUUACGAUAAGAAAUACACAGCCUGGUGGUUUUCUGUGUUGUUAAUUGGUCCCUGGGUUCCAUUAAACUGUAAAUACUUGGCAUUAUUUCUGUGUUGACAGGAUCUUCUGUCCAUGUAACAAGUGAAGCAAAUCAGAGACACAGAUUAGUUCAGGGAAGAAAAACCCAUCCUGCCCCACCCCACCC